AAUCUUUUCUUUCCGGCCUCGUGAUGCAGAAAUAUGCAAGUGGAACUCUUUGUUUAAUACAAUAUGCCUUCUGUUUCACGAAACUCCAUGGAAUCUGCUGAGUAAGAUUGAAAAUAAAUACCAUUCUUGGUCUUCACAGCUGUUAUUCGUAACUUGUUGAUAUAGUGAUUACUACUAAGUACUCCAUUUACCAAGUCAAUUACAUGGUUCGGUGGUUGUCGGCCGGUUCCCGCUGCUCGUGGCGGAGACUGGUGAUUUGCAGCCUCGCUUGCCUUCUGAUCAUCCAGUUGUACUCUUUCUUCAGCCGUGUAGGUGAACAAAUUGAGAACAUGAAACAAAUUUUGAGCCUCCACCCCCUCCCUCUCCGAGAUCUCGAACAAGUGGAGGAAAUAAUACUUCUCCCACCAUAUGGACUCAAAUACCCUCAGAAAAUCAACCUAAAUGAUGAAUUUCUCAAUGCAUCAUCACUUGCUAGAAAUAUUUUCUUCCCCAUAGGUGCUCUAGAUCCCAGAAUGGAGGAUGUAAAGGAAAAUGGCUACUAUCAUCCAGGAAGAGUGUGGCUGGAUACGGAUGGAAAUCCUAUUCAGGCUCAUGGUGGAGGCAUUCUGUUUGAUGUGAAAUCAGGCACUUAUUAUUGGUAUGGAGAGUAUAAAGAUGGCCCGACUUAUCAUGCUCAGGAAACUGGCACAGCUCGUGUUGAUGUCAUCGGUGUCGGCUGUUACUCUUCCAAGAAUUUAUGGGCAUGGAAGUACGAAGGCAUCGUUCUGGCUGCUGAAGAAAGGAAUGAAACUCAUGAUCUGUACAAGCUGAAGGUGUUGGAGAGGCCUAAAGUGAUUCACAAUGACAAGACUCGUAAGUAUGUCAUGUGGAUGCACAUUGAUGAUGCUACCUAUAGCAAAGCCUCGGUUGGGAUAGCAGUAAGCGAUUCUCCAACUGGCCCUUUUGAGUACCUCCACAGUCAGAGACCUAAUGGAUUUGACAGCAGGGACAUGACAGUUUUUAAAGACAAGAAUGGUAUGGCGUAUCUGAUCUAUUCCUCCAUUAGAAACAAGGAGAUUCACAUUAGUCCCCUGAAUGGAGACUAUCUUGGUGUCACAAAUAGAACCAUUAGGGCCCUGGUGGGACAGCACAGGGAAGCCCCCGCUGUGUUCAAGCACCAAGGAGUUUACUAUAUGGUCACAUCAGGAUGCAGUGGUUGGGCACCAAAUGAGGCUCAGGUGCACGAGGCUGAAUCGAUUCUUGGGCCGUGGGAGAGUAUAGGGAACCCUUGUGUUGGUGCUAACAAAGAUUUCCGUGUUGCAACGUUCUUUUCCCAGAGUACUUUUGUGCUCCCCAUGCCUGGUGCGGUUCCUGGUUCUUUUAUUUUCAUGGCAGAUAGGUGGAAUCCUGCUAAUUUACGGGACUCAAGGUAUGUGUGGCUGCCUUUAACUGUAAGCACAAGAAAUCAAAGGUAUACAGGGCUUCCACUGUGGUCAAGGGUGUCUAUCUUUUGGCAUAGAAAAUGGAGGAUUCCACUUAGGAAGAAUGGAGAAAUUGACUACGUUGCAGACUUGCAUCAUGAACGGAGAUUUGGAGAACAAGAAGACAAGCAACCAAUACAUUUGAACUAAUAUAGCUUCUCCAGAUUUCUGUAAUUUUCUUACAAU